UCUCGUUCAUUUGUUUAUAUUCUUUUUCUUAAAUUAAUCAGGUUAUUAUGUUAGGUUAUUAUGUAUAUUACUGUACUUUAUCAAUUUAAGGUCGCAUGUGAAGCUUUUCGGUAGCGUCAUGUGAAGAGCUAGCUUGUAAAUACUACCGUAAUACCCGUUAGUCUUUUGUUGCUGUCGAGUUUUCAUCAUUCGUACUAAGCUGCAUUAAGUUAUUGAUGAUUUUCGAGCCAGCAGGAUAAACUACUUAAACAUUCACAACGAAACUGUGGUUAUUUGUUUUCCAUUUUCCGGUUUUAAACAGACAGUGUUUGUUUCAGAAACAACAAACCGUGUUUGUUUAAGAACGCUGUCUUAAACAAAGACCGUGUUCUCUGUCGAACUCAUCAAAAUGUUAAGCAACACAUUCCAGCGUGUAAAGAUGGUGCCACUGGAGCAACUCCACCUCAAUCACGUCUUACAGACAGUGUCUGCACUGGAGUCCGUCAUCCUUCGCAGUUUUGGACCUGAAGGAGGACAGGUGUUGUUCACUAGAGAUACAGGACAAGUGAUGUUGAGCCGAAGCGGAAAACGCAUCCUCACUGCACUACAUCUGGAUCACCCACUGGCCAGGAUGGUGGUGAGGUGCGUCUGGAAGCACAGCACAAUAACUGGUGAUGGAUCCAAAACGUUUGUUCUUCUGCUUGCAUCAUUACUGCGAAUAAUUCAUGCAACAGCCUCUAAGGAGACUCAUAUGUUUCAGUCUCAUAAUUCCACAAAAGCAGCAGAAGCUGCCACUGCCAGGCACUUGGCUGACAAACUGCUAGAAUUUGCGCUGACUGAGUUGGAUAAAUUCAUUGUGCUGAAUGUGCUGCCACAUGGAUUCUGUGUUUCAUUAGAGAAUUUCACAGCGAAAACACAACAUAAUCUCAGUUUUCAAACUCUUCUGGUAUCGUUUUUUCACACACGCCUGGGCUAUGCGUAUUGUGACUUUUUCCGCAACCUCUUCUGUGAACUGCUCAGUCACUGGAAGGUAAAAGACGACCAACCCUCAUUCUCCAUUCAUCUUUUAAAUAACAGCUUCCCAGCACUGCAUACCCAAGUAUCAGGCGUCCCUGUCAGCUGCUCACGUUUGAUUGAAGGGCAGGUGAUUCACAGAGACUUUGCUACGCCUUGCCCCCAAGUAAGAAAGCAGCCACUUAAAGCUGCAGUUUUCAAUGGAUACCUGCAGCCGAAAUUACUCACCACAGGAGAUGUACUUGAGUUGCGUUGUGGAGACAAAGUGACAGAGGACAGAGCUAAGUGGGGUGACACCCAUCUCGGACUGCAGGAGGAUUCAUCCAGAGCAUAUUGCAACACUGACUUUCUGUAAACCAUUACUGCUUGGAGCCCAUAGGUAGGUGCAUAUAUUUUAGUUUCUUUCUUCAAAGUCAAGCACCAUGAUUAAUUACACCUAUCAGAGAACUUUGAGGCGACACAUUAAUUGGAUGUCUACCACAUUCUGUAGGGUUUACUUUAUGCUAAAUAUUUUAUUAGUAAAGGCAGUGUUUAGCAAGGGUCAGUACAGCUCAAUUCAGUACCAGAAAUAAUCAAAUAUGAAAAAAUCAAUCAUCUUAAUCUAACCUUUCUCUCACUAAUGCUGAAACUGAGAACCAAAAAGAAAUUUUAUUUCAACCCCCAGAUUUGGCUUGAUGAUGAAGAAUGUGUCCCUUCUUCAGGGGACACAGGAGGCUGAUCGAUGAAGGCAGGCGUCCCUGCAGGUCUGUUGAGCUUUCGCCUCUGCAUUGAUGCUGAGAUGAGGCUUUGGGUGCUGGUUGUUCUUGCCUUUGACCUUUGUCUUUGGAGUCUGAACCCAGAUGAUGAGAGAAGUGCAAUUUGGUGCCACAGAUUGCGGAACUGAUGGGUUGAUCCCAGUCUUCGGUUCAGCUGUGGCGCCGGCACUUCUUCAGCUGCAGAGUUCUUUAUUCGCCUCAAUCUUGGCUUGAAGCUGCCUGUUAGGAUCCAACCAACAGUUCCUCUUUUGCAUCGGUUUUUAUAGGGGUUUCCACACUGUGAACCUGUUCGCAGUGGCUAGCACUUUUGCCAUGCUGGUUUUAUUGACUGUCUGAUCCACCUUUGUUUUGGAGCCAUAUAUGUCUGUGUUCUUGUUCCGGGCCUGCUCAAGGAUCCCACUCCAUCCUUUUGCCUGCACACACAGGCCUUCUCUCAGCAGUCUGAGUCUCCUCCAACUGUUUUCUGUUUCCCUGAUCAGCAAACUCUGCUCCGUUGGUUCCUCUUUUGUCCUGAACUGCGCCCAGGAGAGACCAGUCACAUUUGCUCUACUUUCAGUUCUCCCUUUUCCUUUCUAUCUGUCAUCUAGUAUCUGCCUCCAACACAACAUCAGUGAUCUUUGAUUGCAGUUACACAUUCCACAUCAUUUCAAGUUCAUUGUCAAAAUCACAUCUAUAACCUCUUUUAGCUUCUCUGAUUCAGCAUUAAAACAAUAUUAAUACAAAUAUUUUGUAUUGGGUCUUAUUCAGUUACUCAAAGUGUUUAGACUUCGUUCUGUAAAACUUUAUGCAGGCUGGAAACUUACUUCCUCUUUUUUCAGGUUCCUGCUGUUCCUUCUUCAUGGCUUGGCAGCACUCUAUCUAUCUGUGAUUAUGACUAUCCUUUCUUAUGAUUCUGUAUACAAAAAUAAAUAGAAUUAAAGAAAAGUUUUCAUGACACAAAACAUAAAAGCACAACCUCAUUGAUCUUAAUGAAGUUUGAUUCUACUGUUGGGUUUAGAAAUUACUUUGUAUGAUCAAUUUUAAAAGUAAUUUCAUCUAUUGUUACUGCUAAACUAAAGUGUUCAGCAUGGAAAAAAUAGGAGGAUCUCGAGUUAUCUUGAAACAUACAUUGAUGUUUCAUGGAUGUAACAAUGUAGAAUGUGAAAAAAAACUCCUGGUAUAUGUGUAAUUUUUCAAGUCAUUGUUAUCUGCUGUACAACAUUCAAGUUAACUAUUGUCAUUUUGUUUUUGACAGAUGCGUUCAUUUGGACUUCCAUGAUUGUGAAGAAAGACUCAAAGUUAAACCUUGUAGCCUGGUGAUUUGUGCCCCAAGCGAAGGUCAAGCUGA